AUGCUUUCAUCCACCUUCGGGGCCCAGGAGGCGGCACAGAGACAGCCAACUGGGCUCCGGAUUCAGCUUUGUUCGUCUGGGAGCCUUGUGCGCUGUGGGGUCGGCGAUCGGAGGGCAGGUCAUGGCUUGGAUGACUACGACGCCCAACUCGCCACGAUUGCUUCUCAACUCCGAAUCCAGUCUAUCCUCUCGCCUGCCGACCCAGAAGUCGAUGAGUUGUCCAACGUCUCCUCGAGUCACUCCACUCCAAAGCGCAAGUUCGAAGACGUCUUCACGGCCUCGGAGGCUCCAGUAGCCCUGCGUCGGACUGAGUCCUUAGAUGAGUCUCAGCCCAGACCGGAAGGCUCUGGCAUCGAGCCAUCCAUAAGGCAUGCUGAAGAGCAAAGGAUAUUCGGACCGUAUGGAGCCAGAGAUGGAAAGAGAUCAAUGAAAAUGAGACCCCCAAUGCGAUCUAGCAUCGCUUGCAUGAGGUGUCGGCGAUCCAAGAUCAAGUGCGACAAUGAUGGAGGGAGUAGCCCCUGCGACACAUGCAUUAAAGGGGGUCACCAGUGUCAAUAUCCCGAUGCAACGCCACUCCCGCCCAAGCGGAACGAUCCCCCGAAUGUUGUUCGACAAGAAAAGGAGGGAGCCCAUGAAAGGAAGCGGGCUAGGAAGGUCGAUGAAACCCCGGGCCUGGACAACGAGAGAUCUACGGCCUACGCUGAAGAAGUCCUCUCCUAUCCCUUCUUGACGACCGACUUAUGGGACCAGCUCCUCAGCAUCUACAGGCUACAUUUUGCAACUGAGCUGUCCUUCCUUCACCUCCCAACUCUCAAAGAAAAAAUUAGUCACAGGCAAGGGCCCGAAUACGAGCCUUCUCCAGAGCUGAAUCUGGUUCUCCUUGGUGUCUUGACCUUGACGGCUCGGUUUCACCCAGAUCUUGUCAAGUAUGUCGCCCAUUUGUCGAACGGACAAGGUGGUAGUUCUCGGCCACGGGCAUCGCAGUCUAAGAUUGAUCCAUCUGCUGCAUCUGAAUUUUUCGCGAAUGUCCUCGCAACCGCGCUGGGCCCCCUGAAGACUGCUAUAACCUUUGUGACUGUGGAAAGGGUACAGGCUUUCCUCAUGCUCGGACUGUUCGAAUGGAGUCAACGAAACCCAUCUAGCGGGCCCGGUGCCUGGAUGUACGUUGGCAUUGCUAUUCGCAUGGCACAAAUGUUGAAAUUGGGUCUUGAUGAUCAGAUGGCAAGGGGGCGGGAUAGCUCGAGUCAAGGCGUCAACGCACUCCAGAGAGAUCGCAGAGGUUCCUCUGAAAUUGGCAUCAUCAGAGAGAUCCGACGGCGUACCAUGUUCAGUUGUCUCAUACUCGAUCGGAUGAUGACAUGUGGCGACGAACGGGUCUCGAUGAUCCGACUCGACACCAUUCGAAUUCAGUUACCGUGCACCGAGAUGGCUUUUGAUCUCGCAUUAGAUGUCAGCACUGGCUUUCUAAAACUUGACGGCGACGUUAUGAGCCAAUCUAUCAAUGACGAUAGUGUCUUGAGUCGAUUUGUCCAGUUAGUGGAGAUCUGGGCGGAAAUCUCCAAAUACGCUUCCACAGGUGGCCGCUUGCGAGAGCGAUUGCCUCCGUGGGAAAAACAGUCUAUGUUCUGGACGCUCCGGGAGAAACUGUAUCAGUUUUUACUCAAUCUUCCUGAUACCUUCACAUUCUCGCGACAAAAUUACUACCGCCAUGACAAUCAUCAAGCUACCAAUAUGUACGUGUCACUACAUAUGCUCGUUUCUGUCUCCCAGAUCAUACUUGAUCGCGAGCACCUUCCCUUUAUUCCACUCCGAUGCAAUAAGCCAGAAGGAGCAUUUAUCACUCCUCCAAUUCCUCCGAAUGAAGCCCCGGUUGGAUUUUGGGAAGAGGUCACGGAUACCUUUUUUAAAGCCGGUCAAGAUAUUGUUGAUCUUGUCGAUAUAUGCAGAGACAAACUUCCCCAGUCAUCGUUGGUUUUGUUUUCAGUCUGGUUGGCUGGAUUCGCUGGAGUUUAUGCCCACAACUUUCCAUACAUGGAUACGAAGCAUCAGAUGGUCAGCCAGGAGGAUAUUGAUCGACAAGAUGGGGGUCCCGAUCUGCCCAGGAUGACUACAGAAUUGACUUACCACACCCUUCAGAAGAUGAGUUCGUCUUUGCAGGGAGCCCAAAAUUACUUGAAGCAUCUUGAAGAAAUCGAUCGGUACUAUAUGCAAGUCGGAACCAAAUUCCGAGAGACACCGGAAAAGAGCGGACCUCUACGUGACGCAUCGGGCCAUAGACGACUCACGGCCAAUGCGUCUACGAUGCGAUCUAGCUCGGCGGGAUCGUUUUCGCCGAGUAUGGAGCUUCGAAGAGAUCCUAGGGUUGAGAAUCGGGCCACUUCCAGGCCUGCGGAAGUUCAACAUAGGAGCAUGCUGAUACUUCCGGGAACUGAGCCGGAAAGAUUGCUGGCGAGUAUGCCAGAGUUCUCCCUGGACCAGCUGGGCUUGAUUGAAUCGCAACGUAUUGGAAGGAUGCUGAAUGACCUGGAGGAGUUCUCAGGAGCUGGGUCGUUGGGGGCGGGACUGCCCCUGAAUGAAUAUGAUAUGAGAAUGUGA